GGCAGCUGGGGGAUUUCCUGGGCGGAAGCAGCGGAGGGGGUUUCCAGUGUGAUCAGCCCAGUCCUCCCCGUUGGAUCUCUGAACUGGAUCCCGGUGGCUUUUCUAUCUCAUACACACACACACGCAGGACCGACAGACCCAGGAGAGCCCGCAGAACCCUGAGCCUGAACCUGGACCAUGAGGAGUCGGCCCGAGGCACGGAGGCUCCGAGGCAGCGGCAGGUUGACGGUUUGAAUCCCGGAGAGAGUCCGCCGAGGAGCUGCUGGAGGAGCCGCCGAGCCGAGCUGUGGCCUGCGGAGGAGAUUCAUGUCAUGUCAGCGGGGAGGAGUGCUGACGGGAGGGAGGUGCAGAUUCCCCUCCAGCAGGUGGCGCCCUCCCUGGCCACGCCCCUGGUGGUUCCACCCAUCACACCGCCCUCUCACCGCCCAGCCAAUCCCUGGCCCCCCAGCGACCCAAACGCUUCUCAAGGUGUCCCUGCAGGUUUCCUGCCUCUUCACGGAGGAUUCAGAGAUCACUUUGUAGAAACUCCAGAAGCCAAAUACUGCUGCGAGGCCUGCAGGCUGGUCCUGUGUCAGCCCCGCCAAACCGAGUGUGGACACCGCUUCUGUCAGAGCUGCAUCCACGACAUCCUCAGUCAUCCAAACCCGGUAUGUCCAGCUGACAUGGAGCCUCUGUUCAAAGACAAGAUCUUCAGAGACGUUUGCUGCCAUCGGGAGAUCAUGGCGCUGAAGGUUUACUGCCGCAGUGAAGCUAACGGCUGCCAGGAGCAGAUGGGUCUGCAGCAGAUACCCGACCACCUGAAUGUGUGUCCGUUCUACGAGGUUCCCUGUCCGUUGGGUAAAUGUAAAGAGCGAAUGAUGAGGAAAGAGAUUCCCGACCACCUGAGCUGGAAAUGUAAACACAGAGAAACCAGCUGCGAGUUCUGCAUGACCAAGAUGCCUCUGACCGACCUGCAGAAACACAAAGAGACGGUGUGUCCGGCGUUUCCGGUGUCGUGUCCAAACCACUGCUCCUUCUCCUCUCUGCCCCGGAGUGAGCUGUCUGCUCAUCAGCACGAUUGUCCCAAAGCUCAGGUGAGCUGUCAGUUCCACCGCUUCGGCUGCACCUUCAAGGGUUUGAACCAGGACCUAAGGCAGCAUGAGUCCACCUUCGCAGCUGAACACCUGAGAAUGAUGGCCAACAGAAACUGCACGUUAGAGAACAAGGUGGAAGAUGUUAAAGGUGAGCUGUUGGAGAGGUAUAAGGUGCUUCCUGCUCUCAGCAACCGUCUGUCUGACCUGGAGAACCAGAACGACGAGCUGAGAGAGAAGAACCGACAGAUGGAGCAGAAACUGGCCAACAUGCAGAAACUCAUGAGCUCUCACUCAGAGAAGCUCCUGGAGGUGGAGCUGGAGCUUCGUUCUCUGCGCGUGCUCAGAGACGAAGUGGAGAACCUGAGAGGAACGCUGGAGAACGUCCGGACAAGACUGAACGCUCUGGAACAAGGAGGGCGAGGCGGGACUGGAUCCACAACACAUACUCUGGCAUCCCUGGAGACACAGAUGAAUCGGCAUGACGACAUGCUGAGUGUCCAUGACAUCCGAUUGGCGGACAUGGACUUACGUUUCCAGGUGCUGGAGACGGCAAGCUACAACGGGACUCUGAUCUGGAAGAUUCGUGACUACAAGAGACGGAAACAGGAAGCGGUGGCUGCGAAGACGCUGUCGCUGUACUCGCAGCCAUUUUACACCGGGUACUUCGGGUACAAGAUGUGUGCACGUGUCUACCUGAAUGGAGACGGCAUGGGCAAGGGGACACACCUGUCGCUGUUCUUUGUGGUGAUGAGGGGCGAGUACGACGCCCUGCUGCCCUGGCCCUUCAAACAGAAGGUGACUCUGAUGCUGAUGGACCAGGGUCCCUCAAGGAAACACUUGGGUGAUGCCUUUAAGCCGGAUCCAAACAGCAGCAGCUUCAGAGUCCUGCAGCAGAGAUGAACAUUGCUUCUGGCUGUCCUCUCUU